AUGUUCCUUCUAGAACCGUGCGGGGUUCCAGGAAGGCUACUCUCACGGACGACUGGUCUCUCAUCAGCAAACCACGAUGCUCCACGUAGCCUUGAAAACUCUCGCUUGAUCAUCUCUCGCCUCGCCAUGGCGCUCGCUUCCGCCGCUUCUAUCGCCCUGGCGCCUGCCGCCACGGUCGCCUGCGUUUCGGCCAAGAGCUCAUCGCGAGCAGCUCCAACUGCCGCUCUGGCAGUUCCGCUUUCCACAUCCUUCCGCGGGCUCCAGGUCUCUUCGGCGAAGAAAUCCGCUCGGGUUACCCUCCAGCCGCUUCGCAGCAGCGUUCGAGCCAACGUGGUGACGGAGCCGGCCACGAAGAUCGGCUUCCCAGUCACUCUAGCGGCCCCCGGUGGUUCCAAGGACCUCUCCCUGCUGGGAACUGGGGUGCGGGAGAAGAAGCUUGGGCCGCUGGCGGUGAAGGUGUAUGGAGUGGGUGUGUAUGCUGAACCGCAGCUGCUGGAUGUGUUGGCGGGCUGGAAGGGCAAGCCUGCUGACAAAGCCUUCUUCGAUGCCAUCGUCUCCACGCCGUGUGAGAAGGCCAUCGUGAUUGUGUUGGCACGCAACGUGGGGUCAGACCAGUUCUGGAACGCCCUCACAGAGGAGCUCGCACCACGCCUCACUGCGGCUGGAGAGGGCCUGGGUGACUUGGAGGCGUUUGGACAGCUCUUCAAGGACAGGUCGCUUAAGAAGAACACUGGGGUGUACAUCACAUGGCGCCAGCCGUCUACACUUCAGGUGGCAUUUGCUGAUGAUGUGACUGCUGGAGGAGCUCCCUCUGCAGCUUCUGCCACUUUUGAGUCACCUGGGCUACUUGCUGCUCUCUUUGACAUCUACUUGGGUGGGGAGCCUGUGUCUCCAUCUUUGCGCGCAUCCGACGCUGUCGCCUACUCCGCAGCAUCAGCUGCAGAAGCCAACCACUGCCAGAUCCUGAGCAACAUGAAUCCCGAAUAUGAUUACUUGUUCAAGCUGUUGCUGAUUGGUGAUUCUGGUGUCGGGAAGUCCUGCCUCCUUUUACGAUUCGCGGACGAUUCCUAUCUCGAAAGCUACAUCAGUACAAUCGGAGUUGACUUUAAAAUCCGUACUGUCGAGCUCGAUGGCAAGACUAUCAAGCUUCAAAUUUGGGACACUGCAGGCCAGGAGCGUUUCAGAACGAUCACAAGUAGUUACUACCGCGGUGCUCAUGGCAUCAUUGUUGUUUACGACGUCACAGAUCAGGAAAGCUUCAACAACGUAAAGCAAUGGUUGAAUGAGAUUGACCGUUACGCCAGCGAGAACGUUAACAAGCUCUUGGUAGGAAACAAGUGCGACUUGACAAACAAAAGGGUUGUGGACUACCAGACUGCAAAGGCCUUCGCAGAUGAAAUUGGCAUCCCAUUCCUAGAAACGAGUGCGAAGAAUGCCACAAACGUCGAGCAGGCUUUCAUGACCAUGGCUGCUGAGAUCAAGAACAGGAUGGCGAGUCAGCCAGCCCUUGGGAACAAGGGUGGUGGUCAGACUGUGCGCCCUGGAGAAAGCAGGCCGUUGCAACAAAACAGCAAUUGCUGCUAG